AUGGCCCCCGAUGUAGCCUCCAUGACCUCGACGCCCUCCACGCCUGCCUUGAAGCCAUCGCAGAAACCGCCGUCCGGCCCCAACGUCCUCGAAGUCGUCUUCGGCUCGCUGCUCAUCCAGCCCUGGUACCCGUCUUUCUACCCGGAGGAGCUUGUAGGCCGACGCGUAGAGCGGCUGUAUGUGUGCCAAUGGUGCUUCAAGUAUAGCAAAGAAUUGGUCGGGUUUAUUGGGCAUUUGAAAGCAUGUCCUCUGCGCAAUACACCCCCGCCGGGCGUCAACGUCUACACGAAGGAUAACUACUCGCUAUACGAGAUCGACGGCGAGAAGCACAAGCUCUACGCACAGAACCUAUCGCUCUUCGCCAAGCUCUUCCUCGAUACCAAGUCCGUCUUCUACGAUGUAACGACAUUCCUUUACUACCUCCUCGUCGCGCACAACCCCACACCAGAGAUACCGAAUACCAGUUUCGGCGACGAUGCAGAGGCGAGUGGAGUCGGUGCGCAGGGGCAGGUGGUCGGCUUCUUCAGCAAAGAGAAGAUGAGCUGGGACAACAACAAUCUCGCAUGCAUCCUGGUAUUUCCGCCGUGGCAAAAACAAGGACUGGGGCAGAUACUCAUGGGCGCGAGCUAUGAGAUGAGUAGACGGGAAGAGAGGCUGGGUGGGCCUGAGAAACCGCUGUCGGAUCUCGGUCGCAUCGCAUACAUACAUUACUGGUCGCAAACGCUCGCUCGGACGAUCCUGGCUUGCCCUUCUAAGAAAACACUUACAGUGCAAGAUCUGCGCGAGAAGACGUACAUUGUGCCCGAAGAUAUCAUCGCGACAUUACAGGCUAUGGACGUGCUGGAGCAGAAGAAGAAAGGAGGUGCUGACGCUGUCAUCAACAAGGCCAGAGUACGGGCUUGGGCAGAUACUCACAAGGUGGACUUGAAGGCAAUACCGGUCGACCCUGAUGCUUUUGUCGUAAGGGAAGUGAGCCGAAGUGUGAGCGAGGAGUCGUGA